AUGGACUACGAAGCGUUGAAGGACCAAUGGAGCGACGUUGAGGAUCGCGACGGCAUCAGAUUGAGCUGGAACACAUUUCCAAGCUCUCGCAUGGAAGCAUCCCGACUUGUUGUCCCCAUUGGUGCUGUCUACACACCCCUUAAGGAGAAGCCGGACUCUCCAUUGCUACAAUAUGAGCCAGUGACCUGCAAAGCGCCCUGUCGGGCCGUUUUGAACCCUUAUGCCAAUGUUGACGUUCGUGCCCGCAUCUGGAUCUGCCCUUUCUGUCUCAUGCGCAACCCUCUGCCCCCUCACUACAAGGAUAUCACCGAGAGCACAAUACCCCCGGAACUUCAUCCCAUGAGCACGACGAUCGAGUAUCAACUGGCACGCCCUGCUCCCGCCCCUCCUAUCUUCGUCUAUGUUGUCGAUACCUGCCAGGAUGAAGACAGCCUGAAGGCUGUCAAGGACUCGUUGAUCAUGAGUCUGUCGCUGUUGCCAGCCAACGCCUUGGUCGGUCUGAUCACAUUCGGCACCAUGGCUCAAGUACAUGAGCUUGGCUACACCGAAUGUGCCAAGUCUUAUGUGUUCCGCGGCAGUAAAGAGUAUGCUGCAAAGCAGGUCCAGGAGAUGCUUGGUCUUGCAUCUGGAGUGCGGCCGAACAUGCCCCAGCAGCCCGCCCGCCCUCCUCUGGGACCUGCGGCACGAUUCCUUCUCCCCGUUCAGCAGGCGGAAUUCCAGAUCACGAAUGUGCUCGAGCAGCUACAGCGCGAUCCUUGGCCUGUUGCGAAUGACAAGCGUCCUCUCAGAUGUACUGGUGUUGCGCUUAGCGUUGCCGUUGGUUUGCUCGAGACCUCUUUCCAAAACGCGGGUGGACGCAUCAUGAUCUUCACCAGUGGUCCGGCCACUGAGGGCCCGGGUCAUGUCGUCGGCCCUGAGCUGAAGGAGCCUAUCCGCUCUCACCACGAUAUUGAUAGAGACAACAUCAAGUACUACAAGAAAGCUGUCAAGUUCUACGACAGCAUGGCCAAGCGUGCCGCUAACAACGGACACAUUGUUGACCUGUUUGCUGGGUGUCUUGACCAGGUCGGCAUGCUGGAGAUGAAGAAUCUCGCCAACUACACUGGUGGCCAUAUGCUUCUCACGGAUAGCUUCACAUCCUCCCAGUUCAAGCAAUCAUUCGUCAGAAUCUUCGACAAGGACGCCAACGAUAACCUGCUCAUGGGCUUCAACGCAUCCCUGGAAGUACUCACCACUAAGGAACUGAAGGUCACCGGACUCAUUGGACACGCGGUCUCUUUGAACAAGAAAUCGAGCUCGGUUGGUGAAACGGAGUGCGGCAUUGGUAACACUUGCGCCUGGAAGAUGUGUGGAAUCGACCCCUCCUCGAGUUACGGCGUCUACUUUGAAAUCGCGAACCAAGGCGGUCCGGCAGCAGUCCAGCCAGGCCCACAAAGAGGAAUGAUGCAAUUCCUGACAUACUACCAGCAUUCGUCUGGCCACUAUCACCUUCGAGUUACGACCGUUGCACGGAAUCUCAGUGGUCCGGCUGGUGACCCCACACUCGCACAGUCUUUCGACCAGGAGGCCGCUGCUGUAUUGAUGGCGCGAAUUGCGGUCUUCAAGGCUGAGGUUGAUGAUGGACCGGAUGUGCUCAGAUGGGUUGAUCGUAUGCUUAUCCGGCUUUGCUCUCGCUUUGCCGACUACCGAAAGGAUGACCCUACCUCCUUCCGAUUGGAGAAGAACUUCACUCUCUAUCCUCAAUUUAUGUUCCACUUGCGCCGAAGCCAGUUCUUGCAGGUGUUCAACAACUCGCCUGAUGAGACUGCCUUCUAUAGACACGUCCUCAACCACGAGGAUGUCGGCGAUUCUCUUGUCAUGAUUCAGCCCACGCUCGAUUCGUAUUCUCUCGAGCACGAAGGAAGCCAGCCGGUCCUUCUGGACUCUGCUUCCAUCCAGCCUUCCCACAUCCUACUGCUGGAUACCUUCUUCCACAUCCUAAUUUUCCACGGAGAGACUAUCGCAGAAUGGAGAAAGGCCGGCUACCAGGAUCAGGAGGGUUACGAAAACCUCAAGGCUCUCCUCGAGCAGCCAAAGGAAGAUGCAAGGGAGCUGAUCUCGGACCGUUUUCCCCUGCCUCGUUUCAUUGUCUGCGAUGCUGGCGGUUCCCAGGCGCGUUUCCUGCUGUCCAAGCUGAACCCUUCCACGACGCACACGACAGGAGGAUAUGGCGGGGGUGUCACGUCGCAAACGAUUUUCACCGACGAUGUCUCGUUGCAGACUUUCAUGGACCACCUGAUGAACUUCCUUUCUUUCCUUGUACCAUCCACCCCGACAACUCCCAAGGACGAUCGACCACCUUUCGCACUCGCCAUGCCUCCCAAGUUCGACCCCAAUGAGGUGAAGAUCAUUCACCUGAGAGUGACUGGUGGUGAGGUCGGAGCCCAGUCUGCUCUGGCUCCCAAGAUCGGUCCCCUCGGUCUGUCUCCCAAGAAGAUUGGUGAAGAUAUCGCCAAGAACACCGGUGAUUGGAAGGGUCUGCGUGUCACCGUCAGACUCACCAUCCAGAACCGUCAGGCCGCCGUCUCCGUUGUGCCUUCCGCCUCUUCCCUUGUCAUCAAGGCCCUCAAGGAGCCCCCGCGUGACCGCAAGAAGGAGAAGAACAUCAAGCACAACAAGUCCGUCUCUCUCGAUGAGAUCGUCGAGAUUGCCCGCCAGAUGCGCAACCGCUCUCUGGCUAAGGAGCUCAAGGGUACCGUCCUUGAGAUCCUCGGUACCGCCUUCUCCGUCGGUUGCCAGGUCGAUGGCCGCAGCCCCAAGGAUGUCUCUGACGACAUCAAGGCUGGCGAGAUUGACGUCCCCUCCGAGUAA